UGGGGCCCCCGGGCAAUAGGGGAUCAUGGGGCCCCUGGGUCCUUGCCCAAACUCAAAAAAGCCUAUGAAAAAGGUACCAGGGGCAUCUCAUGGGGCCCCCUACUGACCCCGGGCCCUCGUUUCCAAAUGGUCAGUCAGUUACUGGGUGAGAAUGAGCCCUUAUGAAUCCCUAACAGGGGCGGACUGACAACUCAUGGGGCCCCCGGGCAAUAGGGUAUCAUGGGGCCCCUGUGUCCUUGCCCAAACUCAAAAAAGCCUGUGAAAAAGGUACCAGGGGCAUCUCAUGAGGCCCCCUACUGACCCCGGGCCCUCGGGCAGUGCGCGAGUUCCCAAAUGGUCAGUCCGCCCCUGAUCCC